CGGUGACAGGUAGAGCAGGUCUUACUGAUAUCAUCAUGGCAGUGUGCGGGGGACUCGGGGGACUCGGCGAGCUCCACUCAGCCACUGCUGAGGUCCAGAAGAUCUGUAACGAGGUCAAGAAAGACGUUGAAGGUAAACUCAAAGCACAUUUUGCAGUAUUUAAGGUCAUCAGUUUCAGGAAGCAAACCGUUCGUGGAUAUAAUUAUUUCGUUAAGAUUCAUGUCGGAGGCUCCAAAUACAUACACGUACGGAUCUUUGUUGCCUUACCUGAUGAGAACAAAGGGCCAGAGGUCCAAAGCAUUCAAAACGACAAAGGCAAAGAUGACGAGAUUGAACGUUUCUGAGCGGGAAGUGGAAGCAUCGAAUGAGAGGCAGAGCAUGGGCCGCAACACCGUACAUCACGCUCCUUCCCAUAACACGCCAGAUUAAGCAAAGAUCUUUUUACACUGAUAUGUUUGUACACCACUUAAUUUUUUUUUUUUUUAUUAAAUGGUCACUCUUUG